UGCUCCCCGAAUGUGUGUGGGCGGUCCUCACAGUCAGUGCACUGCUGCCCACUACGGGGAGGGGUCCAUGCAGAAAGGGGACUCUGCUCCUCUUGCCAUCUCCAUUUCCCUCUACACUUCCCUCCUGAUGUCUUUAUCAUUCUGUGUGCACAGGAGAAGUCCAAGCAAACGAAGUUCGGAACUGUUCGCCCAGAGAUCCUCAAGCCUGCAGAGCUGCUUUAAAAGAAAAAUCCAACCCCAUAAAAGACAGAUUAAUAAUUAAGAAUAUUGCCGAGAGAGACAAGCCAAUGGGGGACCAACACCCUUCCGCACCCUGUCCGUCCCACCCACCAGCUGCCAAGAAGAGCUCGUACCUCUACUCCACGGAGAUCACCCUGUGGACCGUGGUGGCUGCCAUCCAGGCUGUGGAGCAGAAGGUGGACUCCUGCGUGGCCCGCUUGCUGGCUCUGGAGGGCCGUGCAGGGACGGCCGAGAAGAAGCUGGCCGACUGUGAGAAGACUGCUCUGGAGCUUGGCAACCAGCUGGAGGGCAAGUGGGCCGUGCUGGGGACCCUGCUGCAGGAGUACGGGCUGCUACAGCGGCGGCUGGAGAACGUGGAGAACCUGCUGCGCAACCGGAACUUCUGGAUCCUGAGGCUGCCCCCGGGCAGCAAGGGCGAGGUCCCCAAGGAGUGGGGCAAGCUGGAGGACUGGCAGAAGGAGCUGUACAAACACGUGAUGCGGGGCAACUACGAGACGCUGGUCUCCCUGGAUUAUGCCAUCUCCAAACCAGAUAUCCUCGCCCGGAUAGAGAGGGGAGAGGAUCCCUGUCCCUGUCCCACAGCCCCAUGGAGCCAGGAGAAGGGCAGCAGGGAAGCAGUGGCGCACCCCAGGGUGCAGGGUCCCACUCCAUGUCCAGAGCAGCUUAUCAGCCCUGCCCAGGAAGAGGCGAGAGGAAGGCUGGGCCCUGUGCAGCAGCAGGAUGAGGAAGCAGGGCUGACCCCUGCACAGUCGGGUGCUGGCCCUCUGGCAAGCCACUGGGUUUGGCCCUCAGUUAAACAGGAGGAGACAGAGGGGAAGCCACCAGCCUCUCCUCACAGGGGCAGUCUCCCUGGUGUGGGGCCAGGUGGCAGUGCUGUGGCCCUUAAGACAGAAGCUCCAUUGGAGGACGAGACAAUGCUGGAGGAGCUCUUCCUGGAGUCUCCAAGCCAGACCAAGUGUAGAAUCCCGCAGGGGCCCAGGAAUCAGACUGGAGGUCUCACACAGCGUUGUACCCAGAUGUUGCUCCAGCCACCAGGGGCCGUUGGGGAGCAGCGCCAGCUACUGCCUCACCGUCGGCGGGAACGGGCCUUCCCUUGCCCCGACUGUGGGCAGAGCUUUCGCCUUAAGAUCAACCUGACGAUCCACCAGCGGAGCCACGCAGAGGAGAAGGGAGGAGGAAGCCAUGCUACCCUGGAGCCAGGUGAGGUGGCAGCACCUGGCCCCGUUAUCUGCUGGCUCCCCCAGGAGCCCAGGGGCCACCAAAUGCUGGCCCACCAGGCCUUCACAGGGCAGAGGCCAGCGGCCACCAAGAUGUACCACUGCAGUGAGUGCCUGUGCUGCUUCCAGCAGCGCAAGAACCUGCUGCUGCACCAGCGCCUACACACCGGUGACAGCCAGGGCUGGCUCACCUGCCCCUACUGCAGCAAGGCCUUCCGCCGGCCCUCGGAAUUCUUUCGCCACAAGCGCAUCCACACAGGCCAUCGGCCCUACCAGUGCUUCCAGUGUGGCCGGGCCUUCAACCGCAACCACCACCUGGCUGUCCACAUGAAGACUCACACCCGGGGACAGGAGCCCCUGCAGGGGCCUGGCCACAUGGAGGAGGGCUGACCCCAGGGGCCUGCUGGCCACCCUGGGCUCUCUGAGCACCCUCUCUCUGGGUCCUUCCUCUGUGCCUCACACUGGUCCCUCAUUUGAAGAUGGCUUUGGAGAGACUUAUUUUUUAUUCAGAUGAGAAGCAGCAGCCCUCUUGGGAACAACGUAUGUGUAUGACAAGGUGCCUCCAUUUCCCAAGUUGGUCACUACUAGCUUUACUACAUUCCUCUCUUAUUCCUUUGCAUGUAUGGGGUGUGGCUUUUGGAAGGGCCUUUGGCUGGUACCAGAGUCAGGAGGACCACAGGUUGGACCUGUGCAGGAGGAGACCAUAGAGACCUCAAGGGACAAGGAAUGACUGCACAGUCUGCCUGUGGCCUUGUGAAAAGCAGCAGAGUGUACGGAUGGCCUGAGGAGAAUUUGUAUUUUCUACUUUGUGACUUUGAGACUCUUCCUCUUAUGGAGCUUUCCUAGUAUUUUUGCAAGCAUUUCUUGGAGUUGUAAAUGGGACCAAGAGCUCCUGCAAGAUGAGAAGAGGAGCUGAGUACAGACUGCUGUGGGCUUUGGUGGGAGGCCUGUGGCUGUCCUGGAAAUAGGGGGUCUCCCCAGGUGGGUUUCUCUGCCCAUGGUGGCUCUGGGGCCUCCUAGGCUUCCCCCACAGGGCAGUCUCACCUGUUACUUCCUCUUACUGUCAGUUGAGCCAGGAGAGGGAUGAGCCCCCCACCCUCCCAGGGUCUCUGGGUUCCUGGAUGUGUGGGGUCCAUUGACGAGCCUGGAAGAUUGUCGGAGCAGGUGCAGGGUGAGCCUCAGAAGACCUACCCCAAGAGGGGCCCCUCACCUGGGAGAGGUGGCCAUCCGCCUGCACUUUGGGGCCACAUUGGGCAAGGAGGUCUGGGAGACCCAUUCAGCCAUCUCAGGGCCCACAUUCCUUGUCUGAGAGAGUGUCGGUCCCAGUGCCACCUUCCUCCCCUCAGUGUUAUCCGUGUCGCAUGUAAGAGCAUGGCACAAAGUCCCUCCUUCUGAACUCAGAGCCUUCUUUCUGGUCUGUGUUGGUGGCCAGCCCUUUCCACCUAGGAGGAAUCCUUUGAGAAGGGCCUUUCUCUUCUGGACAGCAGAGCUGCACCAGGUUCAGGGAGUUGGACUUGCCAUGGGACUUGUGCCCUAGGCUCCCUUUUACCGAAGCACAGACUCAAUCCCAGGAAGCUGAGGCCAUGGUGUUAGGACUUACAGAGGGGUCUUAAGAAAGGCUCAUUUGUCUUGCCUUGUAAUUAUGCCACCUUGGUGUUGCAUGCAGACCAGACAGGCGCCAGGGGUCUAAAGCCACAGUGAGCCACCAGCCUUGCUGGCAGCUCGCUGUCUUGUCUGGCCUGCUCCUGAGUGUCUGGUUCCUUACUGUGCCACUUCCUGUUGCCCUUCUGACCCUUGCCAGUGGGGCCAGGUGUUAACAUGGAUGUCAUUCCUUGGGGGAGAAGCACACAGGUCUGUGGCUGUUCACUGCACUCCCAGGGAGGCCUCACCCUCCUGCACUGUGGGUCCCACUUGUCCUUGUCUGGGCCCUAGAGUCAGAUCUGCAGUCACCAAAUGCUAGGACUGGAAGUAUGCUCAGAGCUCAACCAACUCUCAGUUGCACAAGCCAGUCUGGGGUGUUCAGGAGGCAUCUCUGGGCUAUGAACUGCUUGGGGCCAGGUCUGCUUUUCCAAACACCCCUGUAAAUACAGUCGCUUAAGCUGUAUUUAAGCAGGAAGCUCAGGCUCCUCAUUUUUGGUUGGUUUUGGUUUUGUUUUGUUUUUUGGGGACAGGAUCUUGCUAUGUAGUUCAGGCUAGCCUGGAACUUGCAGCCAUCCUCCUGCCUUAGUCCCCAAGGCCUGGGAUUAAGUUUGCACCACACCUGGUCUGUCUGCCUCUGCCUCUCCUUCUCCCUCCUCUCUCUGUCUCUCUUCCACAAUUAGCAGGUUAGAUUCCCUCUCCCCUGCUCUGGACCUCAGCUUGGGUUCCCCCAUCUGCAAAACAAGAAAUGGUUGGGCCACAACCUCUGUAAGGAACUGUGAAGGUGGCAGUCUCCAGUCCUACUCGGUGCUCAAUAAACAAGCUGAUAUAAACGAGUGCGUGCAAGUGAUCUGGUUCCUACGCUACAGUAGGUAGAGGGCAGGAGAGGACGGUCACGGCUGGACUUCCCACAGCUAUAGCACCUGCAGGCCGAGACUGUCGCAUGGCCUGGACUUCCGGAGAGAGGGCCAAUCAGGAGUUGGAGGUGUGGAAUGGCGCUUCCCGCUCACCGGAUCAGGAGUCGAAUUAAGCUGGGGGCGUGUUCUGCAGUUCUGUGCUGCUGGCCACCAUGCUCCACUUGGCUGUCACCAUCCUCGGUGCUUGUAGACCUUUGUGUCCCGGACCUGGGAGCAGCGCAGGGUCACAGCUGAGGCCGCCGCAGUUUCAGUAAGGCCAGCCCUGUGAAGGACGUGGAGACCUGCAGCCACGUCCCAAAUUUGCCCUACAACUCCUGGAACCAGGGCUCAGCCAGGGUGUGGGUGUUGAGGAGAGGUUGAGGACGAGGACGCUAAAGCCACACGGGAAGUCCUGUCCCCAUGCUUGGUCACAGUCCCUAUCCACAGAACCAGGAGAUUGGACUUCUCUGCUUGCCCCGAGUCCUGUGGGCCAGUUCUGUGGGUCCUGGUGUGGACAUGUAUUAUUGGCA